AUGUCCGGACGUACACACGAGGCGCCAAACCCCCCAAUGGCAACUAGGGUCAGUUCACGCGGGGCCAUACUUCUCAAGUUCGAGGAGGAAUGCAGCCGAUUCAAGGUGGGUCUAAGGAUCCAAAUUGCUCGGCUGGAUAGAUUUGAGGGAACUGAAAUGGUCACUGGUGAGUACCUCAAGGAGCUCGGUGACCAAGCCCGUUUACUCAACGGCCUGGCCCUUCAAAUCGCAGAUGCUUUUUCAAGCACUUCAACUAUUCAGGGCAGAGCUCAUACCUAUUACAAGGACUUCGUACCAAUUGAGUGCAGAGCUCUCACUGGGAUCCUGCCAGAGCUAGGUUCAAUUCUCCGUGACAACAAGCCCGGUGGUGCCCGUAGAGUCUCCGACCGUCUUAAGCGUUACCUCGAGAAGACAAUCCUGUAG